ACCAUCGCAACACCAAAGGUUGAUAUCAGCAAACUAACCAACAUGGUAUCUUUUGCAAAGAGUGUGUGUAAACAGGCGUAGGUGUAAAUAUAUAAUAUAUAGCCUCACAUUUUACAAACACACUUUGAAACAAUUUUCCUUUACGCAUUUUUAAUUAAGUCUGCUUGUGGUGGCCGAGACAUAUGUUAUUUGUUUUAUGAAGCAGACUUUAUUUGACUGGAAUAGUGUCUAGUCUAGUAUCUGUUGUUGGCAUGUAUGCAAUAAUGCUUGAGAACCCGGGAAUUAUUGUGUGACAACUCGCGACAAUGGCUGUUCUGAGGUCCGAGGCUGAGCAACGUUUUUUAUGGAGGCAGAAUUGAUUUGACUGGAUAAUUAUUGUAACGCUCAGUGGUCUAGUCUGGUAUCUGUUGUUUCACGGUUGAUUUUGCUGCCACCUGUUGACUGUUGCAUUUACCGCACAAUUACGUUUGUGACGUGUAUCACACACGUCAUAAGGGAUCGUGUUCGUAUGGAACGCUUUCCAUAUGUUUGAAACAGAUCAGACAUUUGACCACCCAUUCAGUCAUCAAGUUGGCGUUGUUGGUGGUCGAAAAUGUAUUAAUCUGCAUUUUAUUGCAAUGUAAUUGCAUCAUAUUUUUAGGGGGUGAUACAUCCGUUGAUAAUAUGGAGAAGAAAGAAGUUGAGGUAGGCUUUGUUUUUCAGAUUUGUUUUAUAUCACACAUGUUGAAAAGCAAGAUAAGUAUUGCCAUCUGCCAAAGUCAGGAAUAGUGAGUAUUUGGGUAAAGGAGAUCACCAAGGUGACAUUAUGCAUAGAGGACUUUCUGAAGAGAUUCCAGGGUCAGAGGUCAAAGGUUAUAUAAUCUUUUGAUAAAUAAUGUAGGCUAAUUAAUGAGAGUCUGAGGAAGGUGAUAUGUACAAUCUCAGUCACAGGACACUGAAGCAGAGAGAGAGAUGCAGGAGGCUGAUCCAGAAUCAGCCGGCCCAUCUCAGUCACAGGAGACUGAAGCAGAGAGAGAGAUGCAGGAGGCUGAUCCAGAAUCAGCCGGCCCAUCUCAGUCACAGGAGACUGAAGCAGAAAGAGAGAUGGAGGAUGCUGAUACAGAGUCAGCCGGCCCAUCUCAGUCAGCCGGCCCAUCUCAGGGUGAUCAGGACUUAGCCGGCCCAUCUAACACAUGGGAGCCACAUCAGACUUUUCAUUGCAACCUAUCCUUGGCCCAGAGAAGCCCCUCCUCAGAACUCAAAUUCUUAGGGGAGGAGAUGACUGAGAAGCAAAGGAUUCUUUUUACUGAGAAUAUGCAUGAAAGGUUCACCAUAUUUGAGGCUCAUGCUAAGUGCAAGAACAUCCUGUCAUGGGUGAAGAAGGCCUCUUCAACUGAGGUGGUCCCUGCCCUUGAUCUCAGCAUGGAUAGGGAUUUGCCCUGGACACCAUCAUCAUCAUCAACUUCCUCCUCCUGGUCUUCAGUCAUAAUCAAUGUAGCAGAUCUGGGAGCGGCCUCCACAUGCCGCAGCAUCAGAUUCAGCCUUGGGCCAAGUCAUGGGCCAAGCGAGGUCGCCAACCCUAGAACUGGUGCCAGCACACGGAACCCAACUCCUUUCCCCUCCCCCAUUUUCUCAGAGGAGUCUUUGGGAAAUGAGGAAGAGGAUGACAACCUAAGAAAAUAUUGCUCCGCAUCUGAGGACAGAGAUAAAGAGGAUUGGGACAGACCCCGCUCAGACCCCCUGAGGUCUGUGUUUGGACUGUCUCACAGCUUUAUCUUCAGUCAGGUUCACAGAGACGCCCACAGGUCCCUGAGUGAGGUCAUACUGCCGUCCAUCCAGAGGAGACCGAAGAAGAUGAGGCCUAUUAUUCUGUCUGCGGACACCAGGCUGAUCAUGGCCAUUGUGGAGAUCAUCAUCAAGCAGAUAAAUGCAAGACUAGCCCAGAUUGUGCUGAAAGGAUGUGCCAGUCAGGGAGCCGAAGCUCCUUCGACCAGCAUCAGCUCACUGAGCAGUCAAUUUGCUGAGCAGAUGCUGAGGAUAAUCACAACCACAAUGAAUGGCCAUAUCAUGGGACAGAUGGCGCUCACUCGGGUGUCUGGAAAGUCCCCUCUGGAGAUCGAGAGCAGGCUUGAGACAGAGCUAGGGCCACUGGCAGGUCAGGUCAUUGUUGCAACCAUCAACAGCAUCCAGAGGGCGAAGAGCGAUGCUCAGACAGGACAUGAGGUUCGGGUGUCCUCACCUUGCACCUACUUCCUGUCAGCUGUGUCGGCUGAGGUGCAGAGUCUGGUGGUCCAGAGAUCAGGGACCAGGAUGUCAGCCAGACAGUCAGGCAGCAACCACCUGCUGAACCUUUCUCCGGCGAAGAUCACCAGGGCCGUCGAGUUGAAAAUGGCUGAAAUGUACGGCGGAUCCCUGUGGGAUUGGUCCAUGUCCAGUGAUUUGGUGGAUUUGGUGGUCGAUGAUACCCUGGAUGCCCUUGGAUAUCUAGAGGACCAGUCAUUAUCCGGGCCCCAGAGCGUUGGCUACCGGAACGGGAUUGAAGACCUCGACAUUGAUGGUGUGGCAAGGGAGAUGGUCCGGAAAGCUGCAGUCAAACUCAAGGCAUCCAUGUCUGAGCUUGAGCUGGAGGUGGGAUCCAGAUCCUCACAGGGCUGCAGUGGUCCCUUGAACCACUCACCUCUGUCUCGCUCCCACUCCGACCCGAGGAUGCUCUGUGUCUGGUCAGCAGCGGGAGUCAGAACUGUCCUGCAAGUGUUAAAAACAGAGCUUGACAGCAACUCAGAUGAGUCCUUUGAUCCGCUCCAGAUGGCUAGAAACGUUGUAGCACGUCUAGCGUCGGGUGUCAAGAGCAUCGACAAUCUGGAAAUUGGUGAGAUGCUUCAGGGCACCUCAGCAAUCAUGGAGCCGGAGGCUGUGAGAGAACACCCAGAAAUAUCUUCCACUGCCAUCUACCACUCCCUGCUCAUUGAUUGUCCUUUCCCACCAUCAGAGAGGGUUCAGGAAACAAUUAUCCUAAGCCAUCCACUCACUGCACAGGACGUGACCACACAGAAGAAAAAGCAGCAUUCUGCUGACCUUCAGACCGACAGCCUAAUGGCAGAAUACCCUGCCAGGGCACAACGGGUAGUGACUCAGGUCAUAAGAGAUUCUCCUUUAACCGUGGACAUCCUGUCAGCCCACGUCUCCUCAAAGAACAUUGCUGAGGCCUCAACUCACGUUCUUGAGUCCCUUCUAGUGGACUUAAACGAUGCAGUUGAGGUGAGUAGGGCAGAGCGGAGCAAGUUCUGGGAACAAGUCCAGUUAUCCUCCCAGAAACUUUACAGCACAGCUGUGGACAAGCUGAAGAGUUUGUACACUGGUUGCCUCCUCAACAACGAGCAAGACCACCAGGAUACCCAUGUAACCGCUGACAAAAUCCAGGACAUGGAAGUGUCUACCAACAAUGACCUCAAAGACCCAACAGUUGCAGUCAGCCAGGAGUUAGUCCGACACAGCGCAAAGAAGAUCCUCACAAAGGUUCUGAAUGUGAUCAAAGCCGGAGUAGCUGGCUCAGAGCACUCAUCUGUGGGCGAGCAGAUGACCGAAGAGUGCCAAGUUGCCACAGAGAUGUUGGACUCCAUUCUGAACAGACUAGAAGAUGAUGAGCCUGAUGUGGGUGAAGAGGAUCAUCUUCAUGUGAUGUCUGCCCGUGACAUCUACGAGGAUGUCUCAUCUAAAACCUCUCAGGUUUGUAUGGUGAUGUGUAGCCAGGCGAUGGACGCGUUGACCGAUGAUGUGUCUGCCGCGACCUAUGUGCAUGAUAUUGUGUACAGGUCAGAGAGUUGUCUCUCUCAGGCCACAAGUACCCACAGGUCAGGCACUAGCCAGGCCUCCAGUGACCUUGUUGUUGAGUACAUGUCUGAGCUCCAUGCCAACUGCCUUGACACCGCAUUGCCUGUGAGGUGCACUUCUACAGCUGUUGGCGAUACAGAGACUUGUCAUGUCCCCUCUGCCAGAGUGAAGAAGAAGAGUCAGGGCCGGAGGUUCAGUUGCUGCCCAAAGUUGCCAACGGUCAGGAUCAAGGUGUUCAAGGGCAGAGUGGAACCAGAGAGCAACCCCGCUCAAAAGGAGCUGCCUUCGCAGUGUUUCAGCACCUCUCGAGUUGCGCUGCAUAAUGAUCAUGCUGUCCCAUUCAUUCCCCAACUUGAGGAUGACCUGCCACCAGCACCUGCACAGGAGUCCCGUAAACGUCCCCUGUUGGUGAGAAUGUUCCGGGCCAUUUCCAGGGCCAUCUCAAAGCCAUUCAAGGGCUGUGCUUUUUGAAAGAAUAAUUAGGAAAGGGUUUAGCCAUCAACAUCUAAUAAACAUAUUAGCAGCAUUGAUUUGUGUGUCUGCAGUCAAAUUUAAUAGACUCUCUUGACAUGGCAUUUUAGCAGACACUUAUCCAGAGCAACUCGGGUUAAGUGCCUAAGUCAGUUUGGAGAUACAAACCAGUGGCCUUUUGGUUAUUGGCCCAACACUCUUGACCACUAGGCUACCUGCCACUGCAUGGGUUUUACCAUAUUGCUUAUUCUUUUUUGAUUCCUUCCUAUCUGCAAAGAGGUUGACCCAACUGAACAUUUCACACCAGAUUUCAAUGUUCCAUUUGCUGUUUUAAGUACAUGAUUUCAAUAUAUGUAAUAUACUUGCAACCUGAGAAGGCAUUUCACACCAGAUUUGUUUGUAUUGACCUUGGUGAAAAUGUGUUUAUAUGACAUUGCAGCACAAUAUUAAUAUAAUAAGUGUCUUUUUCAAUGCAUUUUGAUGCAUACAUUUCCAGUGGGGGAAGGGGUAUGGUUUGUGGCCCAUUAUAUUCUAUACAGCUCUUCGGGAGAGGUUGCCAAGGUCAAAGUAGAGCUAUUAUCAUCCUGCUGAUAAUACAGUAUUUGGAAUGAAGAAGGGUCCAUUAAUAGGGGCUAGGGUCAGCCUGAGAGGUAUCUGUUGGUUGGAGGCCAAGGGUGGGCUUGAAAAUGGGCCAUUGACAGUUGCUAUUUAGAGCUUCUGCUUUCCCUUCUGCUCCUUCUGGCAAUUUACAUAAUCCCUCUGUCUCUCUUGCACCCCUUUGAUAGUUUGAUUUGUGAUCACCUCUGUAAAUCUCUUGUAUUUUUACAAAAUAAUUAUCUCAACUAUGGCCUAUGGCUGGAGGGGUACCAGGAGGGAAAUGUAAGAGAAUACAGAUGUGUAUUUGAAAAUAUAGGAAAGUUCCCAAUUCCAAUACUGUAUAUGAAGAUAAUAUGUUCCCAUUAUGCAUAAUUGUUAUGCUUUUUCUAUGCAUAGUAUUUUAUCUUUAUUUUGUAUGAUUUGUAUCUGUCUCUUGCCUGUCUCUCACAUACUUUCACACAUACCCAAUGAUUACACUAAUAUGUACACUCUCAAAGAAAACAUAAAUAAAUACAGAUUGAUGAGAUAGUUAAGAACAUUACAUUCAAAAUACAUUUAAACUUUUUGUCAAUGUCAAAGGCAAAAGCUUAAUAUCUUUCUACAACCCAUGGAGAACAGGGCGCAAGUAUUUUUGUGAGACCGU